AGGGACUUUGGAGUUACUAGAGGCACCACCCUUAUCAGUGAUCUGGCCGCUCGAACCCCGCAAUGGUGACUUUGCCUCGGCAGUGUGUGCUCUGGGGCUGCUUGUUGACAGCGGUCCAUCUAGGACAAUGCAACACAUGCACAGACAAACAGUACGUCUUCAAUGGCCAGUGCUGCGAUUUGUGCCAGCCGGGAAUGAGACUGGUGAACCACUGCACAGAUGUCACCAAGACCCAAUGCCUUCUGUGUAACUCAGGCGAAUACAUGAACACGUGGAACAGAGAGUCGCGGUGUUACCAGCAUACACACUGUGAAUCCAAUGAAGGGCUUCAGGUUGAGAAGGAGGGCACCUCGGAUACAGACACCAUUUGUGCCUGUAAGAAAGGUCUACACUGCACUAGCAAGGAGUGCAGGAGAUGUGUUCUGCACACAUCCUGUGGCCCUGGCUUUGGAGUUAAGCAGAUGGCCACAGGGACUGAUGAUACUGUGUGUGAACCCUGCCCAGCCGGCUUCUUCUCCAACGAGUCAUCCACUUUUGAAAAGUGUCAUCCUUGGACAAGCUGCUUUGGACAAGAGCCAGUGGCUCCACUCAGGACUGUUUCUUCAGGUUUGCAGCCCCGGAUGCGAGCCCUACUGGUCAUUCCCCUCGUGAUGGCCGUCCUCAUCACCGUCUUCGUGCCCUUGUAUUUCUGCAUCAAAAAGGUGAUCAAGGAACCAGAGGAUAAUAAGGCCCCACCCACGGAUGAAUGGAAAGGUCCUGUGGAGAUAGACACUGCUCCAGUGCAGGAGACCCUGCAUGGGUGUCAGCCUGUCGCACAGGAGGAUGGCAAGGAGAGCCGCAUUUCGGUGCAGGAGAGGCAGCUGACGGGCAGCAUGGACGUGAAGCACCUGGUCUGAGAUCCUGGAGCUGUUGCAGGGGCAACGGCAAGGGCCUGGCUCAGACGGCUGCUGACAUUUGAGGUUUGAGAGGAGCGAAGACGCAGCCCGCUGCGGUGAACUCUCGUGCCUGCCCCGCUGUGGUCGCGGUGGCGUCGGCGGCGGCGGCGUCUCCCUCGACUUGUUUCUGAAGAUGGAGGGAAAGCUCUGGCAUCCAGGGUCCACAGUGAUAUCCACAGAGUGCAGCAGUGCAGGACCCGGAGUGUAUCGUGGCAGCUUUCACUACUGUAAGGAGUGGUGGACUCCAGAGUCUGUGGCUCUGUGGCUUGUGCUGUUAGAAGGCACCUGAUUGCCCAUCCGCAGGGACUGGCUAAAUAAAUCUGUAAUAUAUUUAUA